AUGGCAGAACACCAACAGGUCAUCAGCAAAGCAAAGAUGGCCGAAAGAGGUAUAUUUGGAUUUCAUCCAAAAAGUAGGAAAAUAGGUCUUGCUCAUCUAUCCUUUGCCGACGACCUUCUAAUAUUUUGCAAAGGAAAUAUUGAAUCAGUGGUUGGAGUUCUUAGUAUCCUUGAUCAUUUCUAUGAAGUCUCUGGACUCAAGUUGAAUUCAUCUAAAUGUGAGAUUUUUUCUGCGGGUAUUCAUGCUAGAACAAUUGAGAAUGUAAAACUCAUCACAGGGUUUCAAGUCGGAAAUUUACCUGUUCGCUAUCUUGGAAUUCCCUUAGUUACCCGCAAGCUAACCGAGAAGGAUUGCCAAACUCUUAUUGAUAACAUCAAACGUAAGCUUCACAUCUGGUCCGGGAGAAAUAUCAGUUACGCAGGGCGAUUAGAACUCAUUAAGUUUUUCUGGAAAGAAGCAGAUAAAUCUGCUGCUGGUGCAAGAAUUAGCUGGGGGAAAAUUACCCUUCCUAAAUCCGAAGGAGGAUUAGGACUGAAAAAUAUUAGAACUUGGAAUAGAGCAUGCCUGCUGAGUUUCAUUCGGAAAAUUCUUGCGGGCAAUGGUUCUCUAUGGGUAGCUUGGCUUAAAGCUUAUUUAUUCAAGGAACACGAAUUUUGGCAGUUCCAAGCUGGUGUAAAUGUUAGUUGGAGUAUAAGAAGACUAUUGAAAUUGCAGACAGAAGCUUCACCAAUUAUUUCAGCCAAUCCUGUGCAAACAAGGGAUAUAUGGGACUUGAUCCGAUUCAAAGAACAGAAAGUAACUUGGCACAAAUUAAUUUGGUUCUCAUUACAUAUUCCAAAGUUAAGUUUGAUUGCCUGGAUGAUAAUUCUCAACCGGUUGCCAACUAGAGACCGACUCAAUAAAAUGGGAAUUUGCACUGAUCUCCACUAUGUAAACUGCAGCACUAAUAUGGAGUCAAUGGACCAUCUCUUCACGCAAUGCCCACUGGAAGCAGCUCUCUGGAAUGCUAUUCUAAAGCUUAAUGGGAUGAAUUCAUCUUCCAUGACAUGGGUCGAAAUGGUUUCAAGCGCAACUUCUUCAUGGAAAGGGAUGUCACUCCUUACCACCAUUUUGAAAAUUUCUUGGAGUGCAUUUCUUUACUUCAUCUGGCAGGAAAGAAAUCAAAGAAUCUUCUUAGGACGUCAUAGAACGGUGGAAUGCUUGUUCAAGGAAGUUAAAGAUGUUGUUGGGAUCAGUCUAAGGGGUACUAAUAUUAAUAGACUAGAUAGUACUAAUCUUAAGCUUUGUGAUGUUUGUGGUAUAGUCUAA